AUGCAUUUUUCUACAUUCUUUUCCGGCCUGGGUGCCGCAUUCCUUCUUGCUGAACAUGCUACCGCCGCCGCUGUCGCGCGCUCAGCCGCCGACAAUGUGUGCAAUGGCGACCUUUACUCUUCGUAUGCGCCCCUGGCCACAUGGUCGGCCGCUCAAGCCUUUUGUUCUUCCACAUACCAAAGCUCUACUGUAACGCAGACGGUAACCACUACGGUCAUUGCAGAGGCGACUUCGGCUCACUCGUUUGGGGCUUUUGUAGUUGUAAGCGUCACAGAGACGUCAACAGCCGUUGUCGCGGACGUGACUCCAGUGAAUGUGAAAAGAGACAAUUACAAGCCAAGAUCAUACGCCGAAUCUUCACCAGAGUCUUCGGCUUCGGUAACAAAGGACAGUUCGCCGCGUUAUUCGACCGGAGUGGCUUCAGUCCCUCUGUAUUCAAACUCAUCGCUGGCCAUCUCAUCAUCAAGGGCAUCAUCGGUCACGUUGGCCGAGACGGCAAGCUCAGUGGAUGAGUAUACUCUCUUGCCGCAGUCCACCUUUGCGGUGACUGCCGCAUCAUCUUCAAGCCUUCCGGUGGCAACCUACUCGGCAAGAAACAGUACUGUGGCAACCAGUAGUUUUCAGACAAUGGCUUCAUCGGCAACGCUAGCCCAGACGGAAAGCUCAUCGUCAUCGGUACCGUACGAGGAGAGUCUCUUUUCACAACUCACUGCGGGUCCGUCAUCUGCUGCCGAGACGAUUUGCUCCUGCAUCGCGGCACCAACUACUAUCAUGAUCACCACGACCGCCACCGUCGCCGGCGUUGCUUCGGCUGCCACUGAGGCGCCGGGGACCAUUUAUGUCACCAAGACGGAUAUUGUCACGUCCGUUUCAUCCGCAUACUCGUACACCUCGUCAUACUGGAGCAACGGCACCACGAGCGAGUCCGGACCUUACUCCGAGACGUCACUGGCUGCAGUUUCGGAAGAUUCUCCGAUCACGACUUCAUGGACUGAGAAUACUGCUAGCACUUCAAUGGUGCGCACUCCGGCAGUCGACUCGCCAGACUCGGCAUCCUCGACCGUACCCAACAGCGCCGUCAGCACUUCGUCUACAUACUCGGAGAGUCUCGCAACUAGCACGAGGGAGGAAACUAGCACUACAAGCACAUUUUCAACGUACUCGGUACACACGCCAAGCUUGUCCGCCAGUCCCAUUGUGAAUAAUACUAUAGUAUUAUCAACUCUCUCGACCUUUGCAGAAAGUCUUCCCGCAUUCACCUGGUCGUCGAGUUCGACAACCACGUCAUUCGCUAGUAGCAGCAGCACCAAGAUUCCCGUGGCGACAUAUUCGGAAUCCGCGACCCAAGCGUCUGCCACGCCUCUCAUCAACAACACCAUAGUGCUGUCAACGCUGUCGACAUUUGCCGAGAGUUUGCCGGCAUUUACCUGGUCAAGCUCAACCACGACGUCAUGGACCAGCAGCGCGAGUAUUCCUGUCACGACGUACUCGGAGUCCACUACAGCAGCAGCAGAAUCUUCGGCCGCUCCUCUACUCAACAACACGAUAGUACUUUCGACAUUAUCGACAUUUGCUGAAACUUUGCCGACAUUUACAUGGUCCAGCUCGGCAACUUCGUCGUGGACGAGUGGUGGAAUCAACACCACUGUGCCGACAUACCCCGUCAGCGCACCGGCAUCAUCACCACCAUCAUCAUCAUCUGGAUCCCCGGCCCUGUCGAGCGCAAGCUCGUCCAACAGCACCAUGAUCAGACCGUCGCCAUAUACACCCGGGAGCUCAUCUGUCAUCAUCUCUCAAUAUUCGCCAUCGACCUUUCAGACCAGCAAGGUCGUAGCCACUGGGUCGACGAGCACGGAAGCAUCUGUAUACCCAACCGCGUCUUCGGGCUACGCAGCCUCAGCCACCAGGGUCCCGGCCAGCACCACUGUCAGCGCCGCAUCGUCAUACGCAGCCGAGGCGCCCGCCGUGACCUCGUCCGCCUCUUACCCCUCGGCCAACUAUGAAAGCGACAAUGGCCUGUCCUAUCGCAUUGUCCAGAACAGCCUCUUUGUGGCCGACGAGUUCAACACCCUCGACGUGGCCAUCCAGCCCGACAUGGACAGUUGUAUUGAGGCGUGCUCCACGACAAGCGACUGCGUCUACGUUGUCUGGGUGGCCUCGACCUCGUACGGCAGCUCCCAUGAGUGUUAUUUGUUGAAUGGACAUGACCCAGACUAUGGCACUGGUUACCCCGGUGUCGACACUGCAGAGUUGUUGACGGGUCGAACUUGA